AUGGCGGGAAGAGUCAAGCAGCGGCGCGGACUGAUCGAGACGUCUCAUGCCAAGCUCGAUGCGCUGGUUUACACAAACUCUGAGCGGCGAGGCGGGGCGGCAGUCAUUCUGCACCCCUACGCCUUGCUGGGCGGCAGCAUGGAAGACCAUGUUGUGGCGGAGCUGUUCAGGGCUGCGGCGUCGAGCCCUGCCUUCAGCCUGGUGGUGCGCUACAACCAGCGCGGCGUGGGCCGCUCCUCGGGCAGCAUGAAUGUGCGGGGCAAGGAGGACAUGGCGGAUGUGCUGGAUGUGGUGGAGUGGGCUGCGGAGCAGCUGCCGGGGCCAGACAAGCAGGUGGCGGUCGUCGGAUACUCUUGGGGCAGCUGCCUGGCGGCCUACGGCCUGUCCCACCCCGCGGUGGCAGCCUACGUGGGUGUCAGCUUCCCGCUGGGCGGCCUCAGCUUCGUGCUGCAGACCAGGAGGCACUUUGGGGAGGUGUGCCGCGCCAGCCACGUGCCGCGCCUGCUGCUCAUUGGGGACCAGGACCAGUUCACAAAGGAGGAGGCGCUGCGGCAGGCGGUGCUGGAGAGCGGGGGCGCCCUGCUGCGCCAGGACGACAGCUUUGAGCCGCAGGCAGACGCAGCAGCGGCGGGGGCAGCUACGACGGGGCCGGGCGCGGGGGCGGCGGCAGCGGGAGCGGUCGGCGGCGGUGCCGCCUCGCCGGCGCCUGCUGCCGCGCUGCCCGGGGCGGAGCGCCGGCAGCUGCUGCUGCGGGUCUUCCCAGACUCUGACCACUUCUGGAUGUCGCAUGCCAGCCUGGCGGCUGAGUAUGCUGUGGCCUGGCUGCAGUCGCUGCUGCAGCCCGGGCCGCAGGCUGGCACAGAGCCGGGCGCAGAGCCGGGAACAGCGGCAGCGCACGCCGAGGCUGCCGGCACGGAAGCCUCAGCGGAGAAGCCUGCGGCGGCGGCAGGCGACCCGCCCCAGCCAGCAGGGGAUGCAGCACCAGCACCACCAGCAGCAGCCACCCUCAACAGCGCUCAGGUGGUGGUGACAGGUGCUUACAGCUAG